CCCGCGUGGGUAGAGAAGAGGCAGGCAAGAGGGCGGCCGCUUCUGCCUGCUCUCCCUCGCCCGCUCCAGCGCAUGUGCCGCCGCCCGCUUCUCCCCUCCCGCUCCCUGGCCGCCCGUGCCCGGAUCGCGGCGGCCGCUAGCACCCGGAGCGCAGGGAAGGAGCGGCGAUGAAGGAUCGGACGCAGGAGCUGCGCACGGCAAAGGACAGUGAUGACGAUGAUGAGGUUACCGUGGGGGUGGAUCGCGAUCGUUUUAUGGAUGAGUUUUUUGAGCAGGUGGAAGAGAUCCGGGGUUUCAUAGAGAAGAUCUCAGAGAACGUGGAAGAGGUGAAGCGGAAGCACAGUGCCAUCCUGGCCUCCCCAAAUCCUGAUGAGAAAACCAAGGAGGAACUGGAAGAUCUGAUGUCUGACAUCAAGAAGACGGCCAACAAAGUCCGAUCCAAGCUAAAGAGUAUUGAACAGAGUAUUGAACAAGAGGAGGGGCUGAACCGGUCAUCAGCAGAUCUGCGAAUAAGGAAAACCCAGCAUUCCACUUUAUCUCGGAAGUUCGUGGAGGUGAUGUCCGAAUACAACGCGACCCAGUCUGACUACCGGGAACGUUGCAAAGGACGCAUCCAGAGGCAGCUUGAAAUAACUGGAAGGACCACCACCAGCGAGGAACUGGAGGACAUGCUGGAGAGUGGGAAUCCAGCCAUCUUCUCCUCCGGGAUCAUCAUGGACUCCAGCAUCACCAAGCAGGCCCUGAAUGAGAUCGAGACGCGGCACAGCGAGAUCAUCAAGCUGGAGAACAGCAUCCGGGAGCUGCACGACAUGUUCAUGGAUAUGGCCAUGCUGGUGGAGAGUCAGGGUGAGAUGAUUGACCGCAUUGAGUACAACGUGGAACACGCCGUUGACUACGUCGAGAGAGCCGUGUCCGAUACCAAAAAAGCCGUCAAGUACCAGAGCAAGGCCAGGCGGAAGAAAAUCAUGAUCAUCAUCUGCUGCGUGGUGCUGGGUAUCGUCAUCGCCUCCACCGUGGGUGGCAUUUUCGGCUAGGAGGCCGCAAGCCGGGACUCUCGUCUUUGGAAACUUCCCAGAGGCGAAGGAGAAGAGAUUGCUGGCAGAGCAACCGGUCUCGGUCCGCUAGCCGGCCACCCCACCCUCCAACUGGCCACCUCCGGCCUGCCCGAGCGUCACAGCUGCCAAGGGAAGGGGAGAAAGGGGUGGACCCGGACAUCCGUCUCAUAUGCAUGACUUUUUGUGCGUUGAUGCCGCGUUUUGAGGGGAGGGCUGGCGUGUGUGUACCUGUGUGCAAAUUGUGGGCAUGAACUGCACCAAGCAGUUGCCGCCGCCGCAGCAGCUCCGAGACCAUUUUUUCGCAACCCGCUCCACCCCCUUAACACUCAUGCCUGCCGGAUCUCAAAUCCAAACCCCUUUCCCUGGGGCGGGACUCCCCCCUCUCGGUUUUGAUUCAUUUCAGUUCUCCCACAAAAGUGUGUCUGCCCCAACAAGCCAAGCCCAGGGACAAGGAUGGGCAGGUGGAAGGAGCGUUCUGCAGAGGCUGUGGGGAACUCCAGGGCUGCAAGGACAGUGAGCCCAGUCCAGGAGUUACUCUGAACGGCAAAGGACUUCUCAAAGCCAAACCUCUUUGGGGAAUGGCGUUGAGCACCUUAGACAACUCCCGGGAAGCAGGGACUAAGACCCAUAGGGAUUUCCAGAAUAUUUUUUUGUUUUGGACUGCUGCUCCCAGAAUUCUGGGAGUUGUAGUCCAAAAGCACAAACCUGCACGUGUCUGGUGGUUUCACUGCCCCUCCAAAUCUAGACGUCACCAGCCUCUGCUGGAGCCAGUAGGCCAACUGUCCCUGGACGAUACUUCCCAUCAUCCCCGGAGCCAUACAGGCUAAGGAUGAUGGUCCUCGAGAGGCCCACAAGCCCCAGGGAGCGACUGCCACUGCCCUAAUUGUGGACUUACAGUCCUUGGCUUUACAUCUCUGGAGCAGCUGUUGCUCUGCCUUUCCUUAGCCUGUCUUCCUCACUCUUUUUCUCUCUCAGGGGCCCCUCCAGCUACAUGGCUAUGAUAUCUGUUGCAGCUCUUUGGCUGGUACAGUGACAUGGCCAGCUGCCCCUAAAUUGAAGUCUUCCCUCCCUUUGGAAUCCCUAUUUGGGGGUCCUGAGACACCCCCUCCCCAUUUUUCUUCAUCUCUUUGAAGAGCCACUAGGGUUCACUUGGGGCCCCGCCACAGCCAUGUCACUUCUAUUGAGUUAAAGGACCCUUUGCUAUGGCUAACUUUCCCCCAACUCUUGCUGGCCUCAUCGAAGCCUCCUGGGGGCAGGCAGAAGUGCCCGGGCCUCCACACAGUUGUGGGCACCUAACCUAACCUAGGGUGUGUACAUUGGGAGAUGCCAAACGGCCCUCCACCCACCACAGUCCUCUUCCUUUACCGGGGGGGGAGGGGGAGAGAACAGAUCUUGGGGGGGGGGAAAGAUCCAGGCCCAGGUAGGGCUUUCCCACCUGCGGGAGAGCUGGCGCCUGCCACUUUCCCUUCUAGGAGACGCUCACAGCUGCUCUCACUUAGAACAGGCACCUCCGGACAGACCAACAUACAACUCCUGUUUAGCCCCUUCCUGUUGGCUAGCCAGGGGGCCCAAUCCCCCAGGGGAGAGCUGGAGGUUCUCUGGAUGUACAAUAGGUGAGAUCCGGCCUUCCCACACCCCUGGCCACUUAAAGGCAAAGGCACCCAGGCUGUCCCCCCCCCAUCCCACCCCGCCCGUGGUUAUAUAUAUGCAAUGCAAACACUGCCAAACCCUUCUGGGCCUGGUGUCCGCCUUGUCUUUAACUCAGCGCUUCCAGCUGCCUUCCAACACCAGCAGUAUUUCUACGAGAACAGCCAGCUUUCCUCUCCCAACCUCCAACACAGAAACCUCCCCCCGCAGGGCGGCCCUUUAGGGCAUUAGAGGGGAGACCUUGCCCCUGCUCUGCCUACAUUGGGGUUGUUUCUGUGUCUCCUCCGUGCUGGCUUGUGCCAUCCCCUCUCCCUGCCAGUCCAGAAGGGAACCUCGGGGAGGGCCUUCCCUCAAGAGACUCCUGCACAACCUCCAAGCUUCCAGGAGUUUAUGGGGAUUGUCCCAGACCCUGGGAGGGUUCUUGCCCUCGCCCCCCAAGUCUCGGGGAGUGGCAGAAACAGCUUCCUCCCCUACUGUACAUAUGGGUGUUGAGUCUCCACUUACAGUCCUGCCUUCCUCUAGAACUGCUGGGCUUCUUGCUUUUCCCCUUCUCUGUGGCUGCCACCAAUUUUUCUAUGAGCAGAGCAGGGGGGACUGCCUUGUGACCAGCACUAGGGCAGCUGCGCCCCCCAGGCGAUCUCCCUCCCUCCCUGCACUCAACACUCGCCUCUGUUGCACGUCAGAAACUGAGCCGUCGGUGGUGUGUCUUUGUGCUUUGGGAAGCUAUUUCUGUUUCACUCUCCAAAUUACGACAGCAAACCUCAUCCAUCCUUUCUUCCUUCUCGUAAGGAAAUUCUGAUGUGCCACCACUGCCACUGUCCCUCCUGUGCCCGUAUUCAGCAUUUUCACAGGCGGGGGGGAGGCCUCCCUCAGAGUCGUAACGUUGCUGUACUAUGUGAAACAAGUGCCCUUGUCUUUUACGUGACCCUCGAGUCCAACCUGCCUUGCUUUCUGUCUUUUGUGGACCUGGGACUGUCUUUUGCCUCCUCUCCCUGUACACCCCCCCCCCCCAAUUGCUUACUUAAACUCCGUCCCCUCUCCAACACUUCAGGGGGUAAAAACAGCUUCCUUUUCUGGAUGGAAUUUUAUGUAGAAUAAAAAGUAUUUAUAUCUGUGAAGCAUCUCUGGACUCUUCCAUGAACUACGCCAGGUGGCCAGAAGGUGUGUGUUUUGCUCAACAUACAGCAUCCAAAUUUUAGAAUUCUGCACUUCUUGAUUUUUGUCUUCUUUUGUAUCUUCUCUUUAUACUGUGUGAAGGUCCCAGCUUUUUGCAGAAACAGAAAGCCAUUGCCUCCAUCAGCUGUAAGUCUCAGCAAACUGCUCUUCUGGCACCUCAGUAUUUAAGCAGUAUACUGCCAAUUGCUAAAACAAAAACUUUCAAAUAAACUCUGACAUUUCCAAGACGCCCAGGCCAGCAGGCACAGCUCUGUACUUGAUGGGAUGAUAUAAAUGCUUUAACAAAUGCUCAACCACACUGCAGAUUUUAACUCCAGGUUUGAUUGCUUAGCCUGAAGAUGAAAGGAGGUUUCCGUGCCAAGGCCCUUUCAGUUUAAAGCAAGGCUAUGGAAUUAGAUCCCAGAGGAAUUAGACACACACACCCUGGGUCUUUUCCUUCCUUUCCUAUCCGGUGCUAUGACAGAUCACAAUCUGCAAGACUGUACUAGGAGGUAAAGCUGAACUCCACUGGAAAUGGAGAAAUGCUAUGCCCCAUGAUGCCUACCUGAGAGCAAACCACCCUGCCCUCGCAAGGGUCUUAUCUUCUGGCACAAAAACAUUUCAAUCCGGAACUUCAGGACUAUUCAGGGCCCUCUUCAUACCACUUGUUCCAAAGCAUUCUAGAAAGCUGAAACCCCAGGACGUGCCUGAACAGGAGGAGAAAAACCUUCCCCUCUCCCAAAGAACAAACAAACAAAAAAACAAAACUCAGUCAUGCUGCUGCACUCGCCACCAAGGCCUCGUUUAAUGGGUGAGCGGAAGGGGAUUUCACCCGAGUCAGGACAGAACAGACGAGGAACCUAGCAGCAA